GCAGCUUAACCUCUAAUGAGGACUCCAUCGAAGUCGAUUUCUCCAGUACACGGGGGUGUCAGAAUCAUAACAGAGAUUGGUGAGAACAAUCGAGAAGCGAGAAAACAUCAGAAACCGACGAGAUUGCGUCAUAGUGACGUUGAAAAAUUUAUAAUGUUGCUGGCACGAGUUUGUAAGGCAACAAUUUCCCCCCAGGUAAGCUCUCUGCUGAAAGCACCUGUGGUGGCACAUGGAAGUAGAGUUCAGAUUACUAGACUCCUGGGUAAUGAGGGACGUAGCACAUUCUCGAGGACAGCACGUAAUAGGACGUCUCUGGUUGAGGAUGCUGUCAAGCCAGCUGGUGAAACAGCAUUCAAUAUUGGAAAGGGAUUUGUUGCUGGUAGCGCAGUUUUAGGGCUCGGAGCAUUGUGUUAUUACGGAGCUGGAUUAUCCCCCACCACUGGAGCCAUUGACCACGCAGUAUUAUGGCCCCAAUACGUUAAGGAUCGUGUUCACGCGACCUACAUGUACUUCGGGGGUUCAGUAUUAGCAAGUGGAGCAGCAGCUGCUGCUUGUCUACGAUCCCCCAGGAUCAUGCGGAUGGUGUCUCAGGGGGGAUGGGUCGCCAUGGGGGUGAGUUUAGCUGCCAUGAUCGGUACCAGCAUCCUGACCACCAGUAUUCCCUACCAAGAGGGCUUUGGACCUAAGCAGAUGGCCUGGCUGAUGCACUGUGGGGUCAUUGGAGCUGUCCUGGCACCACUGUCACUUCUUGGUGGUGCUCUUGUCAUCAGAGCUGCUGUUUACACUGCGGGUGUCGUUGGGGGAUUGUCCACUGUCGCUGUCUGUGCUCCUAGUGACAAGUUCCUGAAUAUGGCGGGACCUCUGGGCAUUGGACUUGGAGUUGUCUUCGUCAGUUCAUUAGGUAGCAUGUUCCUACCACCAACGACAGCUCUGGGGUCUGGAUUGUAUGCUAUUUCUUUGUAUGGAGGACUCGUUUUGUUCUCGAUGUAUCUACUUUAUGAUACCCAGAAGCUCAUCAGACAGGCGGAGGCGUAUCCUUAUGAGAGGCAGUAUGAUUAUGCUGGGAAUAUGAUGAGGAGUUAUGAUCCUGUUAAUAAUGCUAUGCACAUCUACAUGGACACCGUGAACAUCUUCGUCAGGAUCCUGUCAAUCUUGGCAGGCGGUGGUAACCGACGGAAGUAAAUUCUCACCACUUCCACACCCCCAGCAUUCUCAUGUGAUAAUUUCCCUUCUGAACUAGUGUAUUAAAUCGAUAAAACUGUAGAGGUUCGAAUAAACAAUAAAACAAUUAUCUUAAAUUAUUAAA